AACUAUCUUGCAAAUUUAUUAGAAAAGUGUGCAUCAUCUGAUUAUGUACUAUAUACUGAUGAACCCUUGUUCUAGAAAUUAUAUAUCGAUCUACCUUGAUGUGUAUAUUGACUUGCUAAAUAAUUAAUUUGCUUGGUGUGUAUUACUUGACCACAAUAAUAUUAUGUACUAUAUUUUUUUUUUUAGUUUCUUUUCGUUGUAGAACUGACCAUUCUGUUAGUAGAAGAAAUAUGACUUUUGGGUUUAUUCUCUAAGAUGAGCACUAAAAAAAACUGUGGCAAAAAAAAAAAGUCCGCCCGAUAUAAUUUUUGCUCAUCAUCUGACAUUUUAUAUAGUUAUGUCCAGCUCAUCCAAUCUCCUCUUGUUUUGUUAACCGUAAUUUAACCCGUAAUUGAGCUGGAUGGCCAGAAAAUAAUAAAAAAGAGCACACUCAUGUGCCUCCUGGCGUAGGAACACAACUUUGAACUUCCCUAGGCGACCGUGCACACUCGACGCGGUCCCCAAACCAGACAGCAAUUUUCGUUAUUUUUUAUUUGUUUUACCAGUGCUGCCGGGCUGCUUCUUUCAUCGCUUCUCUCGGAUUCCUUUCAGUUAAACGAGGAUUUAAUCUAUAAAGAGUGGAAUCACGGCCAUUUCUCUCUCUGCUAAUCUUAUAUAUUUAGGUGCUGCCCUGAUCGAUGUGCGCAUAGGGAUGCACUCUCUCCGGCGACAAAGUCAUCCUACUUCAUUGAUCCCAGACAUUUCAUUGCUGGUGACGCUUCCUUUCAAGGGCUGGGCUGCAUCAGAGUUAAACGAGGAUUUAAUCUAGAACAAGUGGAAUCACGGCCACUUCUGUCUCUGCCAAUCUUAUAUAUUUAGGUGCUGCUCCGCCUAGUGAGAAAGUCAUCCGAGUUCGUUGAUCCCAGACAUUUCAUUGCUGGUGACGCUUCCUUUCAGGGGCUGCCUGGUGAUCAGAGACCAAACACCAAGAGAGAGAAUAUAAGACAGACAAGAGCUAGUCUGGUAGGACACCUGGCCUGUCCAACAAAGGAAGUAUAGUUCAUAGUGGAACCAGACAUGGCAGAGGCGGCUGUACUUCUAGCAGUUCAAAAGAUUGGUUUUGCUUUGGGUGGAGAAGCACUGAAAAAAGCUAGAUCUCUGUUUGCAAAUGAAGUCUCAUUGUUGACUCAACUACCAAGUAGUAUGAGCCGUAUCAGGAGUGAACUUUUGGUAAUGCAAGCCUUCCUCGGUCAAAUAGAUACUCGAACUGACAGCAACCAAGUCCUUGAUGCUUGGGUUCAGGAGGUACGGAAACUAGCAUAUAGUGUUGAGGACAUUAUGGAUGAGUAUGUCUAUCUCAUAGCUCAACAGCAAGGGAGCGGGUUAGGAGGCUGUCUUUCAAAAGUAGUAAGGAGAUCCCAAAAUUUGGUUGCCUUCCAUCAAAUUGCUGCUCAGCUGAAAGAAUUGGAAACUAAUUUGGUUCACCUUUCACAAAUGAAGGAGCGAUGGAUUAAGACAACAGAGGGAGCAAUGGGUGGUAGUUCACGUAAUGCUAGUGAAAAGCAACAGAAUUUAGCAGACUCUUCUCGUUUCAUGGAUGAAGAUGACCUUGUGGGGAUUGACCAAAACAAAAAAAAAUUAACUGAAUGGCUACUUGAUGAGGAUCCAGUUGGCUCUAUAAUAUCUGUGUGGGGCAUGGGGGGAUUGGGCAAAACAACCCUUGUCACCAAUGUAUAUAAAAGUGAGAGAAAAGAGUUUCAAUGUCAUGCAUGGGUAUCCAUCUCACAAACUUACGAGGUGGAUGAUCUUUUAAGAAGAAUGAUAAAGGAGCUGUAUGAAAAUGAAAAAGUAGAGAAAAUUUCGAAUGACAUCAGAGAAAUGGACCAUAUAAAGUUAGUUGAAAGAGUAAGAAGUUGGCUAGAGAAGAAAAAAUAUUUGAUCGUACUGGAUGAUGUAUGGGAUAUAAAAGCUUUCAAUGCUAUUAGUGAUGCCAUUAAUGUUGAUGACAACAAUGGAAGCAGAGUAAUCAUUACAACUCGGAUUGCUGAGGUAGCUUCACUAGCACAUGACAGUCGAAAGCUUGAGCUCAAGGUUUUGGAAAGCACCGAGGCAUGGGAUCUAUUUUGUAGGAGGGCAUUCCGGAAAGAUAAAGUGAGAAGAUGUCCUAAAGAACUGGAGGAGUUGGGGAAGAAAAUUGUAUUAAAGUGUCAAGGGUUGCCACUAGCUAUUGUCUCUUUAGGCAGUCUUCUAUCCCUAAGAGAGAAAACCAAGUCAGAAUGGGAGAAAGUUUAUGAUCGGCUGAGCUGGGAGUUGAAUAACAACCCAAAUUUGGACAAUGUGAAGCAUGUUCUGAAUCUCAGCUAUAACUAUUUGCCGAGAUAUCUCAAGAACUGCUUCUUGCAUUGCAGCAUGUUCCCGGAGGAUCAUGUGCUUCAAAGAAAGAGGCUUAUGAGGCUAUGGGUCGCAGAGGGAUUUGUGGAGGAAAGGGGAUCAAGCACAAUAGAAGAAGUGGCAGAGGACUAUCUUAAGGAGCUCAUCCAUCGAUGCAUGCUUCAAGUUGUAGAGAGGAAUCAAUUUGGUAGAAUAAAACACUGUCGAAUGCACGAUCUUGUACGAGAGUUGGCUGUACCAUUGUCUAAGAAGGAAAAUUUUAGUGCUGUUCUUGAUGAUCUUCAGAUGGUGGGGAAGACGGGUAAUGAAACACGCCGCCUAUCAGUGCACAAUUACAGUAACGAAAUCCAAUCGAGCAUGGAGUUGCCAAGACUUCACACUUUCAUGGUGUUUGACCGUUCAAUGUCCUCAUCAUCAUCCUUCUUGUCGCUGUGUUCCAGCUCUAGAUAUUUGACCGUCUUAGAUCUGCAAGGCAUCUCGAUUGAGAGAGUACCAGAUGAAAUUGGAGACUUUUUCAAUCUGCGCUUUUUGGGUCUGAGGGACACGAAGGUGAAGGUGCUACCUAAAUCCUUGGGAAGGCUUCGUAACCUACAGACGCUCGACCUCAUGAACAGUGAAAUAGAGAAACUGCCAAGCACGACAAGGAACCUCAAGAAGUUGCGUCACUUGUUUGCCGAGAAGAUUCUCGAUCCAAAUUGUAAUACUAUAAAUGGUCGGAGAGGGGUGCGAGUUUCGAAAGGACUCUGGAAUUUGAAAGACCUGCAGACUCUCCAAGCAGUGGAAGCAAACAUGGAAUUUGUGAAACGGCUAGGGAACUUGACGCAACUAAGGAGCAUUCGGAUAUGGAAAGUGAGCGGCAUCCAUUGCAAAGACCUAUGCGCUUCAUUAUCAAGGUUGCGCUACCUAUCCUACUUGUCCCUUAAUGCAAGCAACGAGAAUGAGAUUCUCCAGUUGGGAGGGUGGGAUCAUCCACCUCAGCAUCUUCCAAAGCUUGAUCUGAAUGGACGGCUAGCAGAAGGGACGAUGGAGUUGCCCUUAUUUCGUGCCCUUGGAGCUAGCCUUCAGAAUUUGUACCUGCGUCGGAGUGGGUUGGCAGAGGAUCCAAUUCAAUCUCUUUCUCAGUUGACCAACCUCAGAGUACUCAUACUGCAGAAGGCAUAUGACGGGCAGCGAUUGUGGUUUGGCACAGGAUGUUUCCCUAACUUGAAGCAACUCUUGUUAGACGAUAUGCCGCAACUUAAUCAGGUUGAGGUAGAGGACGGCGCCAUGGCAAGGCUGGAGGUCCUAGUCAUGGAUGCCCUACCCGCGUUAAAGGAUGUUCCACGAGGCAUCGAAUAUCUCACAUCCCUCCAGGAACUGUACUUGAAGGAUCUGCAUCCAGAAUUCAGAGGGAGGUUCCAAGAAAGCGACGACAAGAACAAGAUUCAGCGCAUCCCUGUUGCCUAUUAUGUUUUUCAGAGAGGGGACGAAACAAAAUAUGAAAAACUUUCAUGAUCCAUCCCUCUGAUCCAUCCCUCUGCCCACUUAUCUAGGACCACCAAGAAAAUCAUUUUAGGGAGUUGAGAACAAGCUCACAAGAUUAAAAUUCUAGCAGAUAUUUUAUUAAUUUUUUUCUUUCUACUUAUAAUGUACUUUGCUCAUAAAGAUCUGUCUGCCGUGUAUUAUGUGUAUAAGUGCUUGCCCUAUUCUAUUAGGAUCCAUUCAAUAUACUCAAAAUGUGGUGUCUUUAAAUGCUCAUGUAGUCAUAAUGAUGUGUAAUAUGUGUUUUUUUUCUUCAUUAGAUUGCUUAUGUAAUUAACUGGAAAUUACUUUUUCCUAAGAUCUUCUAUUUUUCGGUUGGGUGAGGAUAAUUGAGUUUGUUAUUUUAUUA